AGGAAUGAAGAUUUGAUGAUGUGGAAAUGCCUUCCAUUCUGUUUGUUUCUUCCAGGGAUUAUAGACAUCGUUCUUCAUAAUUAGUUUGACAGCGAACUACUCACUUCGUUCUUGCAUGUAUCUUCAGCGACUCAACAUCAUAGUACCUUUAACAUGGGCAAUAAGGCGAAGAAGCGACAAGCGAGGGAUCGCAGCGUCGUUGUAACUGCAGUCUCCGACGAUCCUUAUGGGCUCCCGACAGCGAAAAAAAUCAGAAUAGAUGUUCAGAGCGACUUGCCCGCCGUCGGCAAGAAAACUAUCCAGGAAAAAAAUGAGGACGCAUUGGAAAACUCACGAACAGAAGUUGUACGAGAUCUAGAGCAGCGACAGCAAUCAGCAUCAGACCACGCCGACGCAGUAAACGAUAUAGACGCAACAAUCACGACGCUAACCUCCUUGCUCCUGCCAGAAAAUGUCGAGAAAUUUAGAAGCGACAAGGGCUUCAAACAGUUGCGCAAGGUGAUCUUCGACGCAGCUGCAGUUUUGGCUGGGAUCGUGCCCUCAACUACAAAGACUUCAAAUACUAAGAGUCCUUCGAACCCAACUGCCUCGAACAAGUUAGACUUAAGUAUUAAACUAACCACUGUACUAGCCAAGCAAGCGGAUCCAUUACACGGUGUUGACCUUAGCCGAGCCCCAGUGUCAAGGUUGACGCAAUUAGUGACGGACUUGCUGAGCAGUGCUCAUGACGCCUCCUCUCCAACGCCAUCCUCAUCCGCGUUAAACGUCGACGACAUCAACGAGGUAGAGAAGCUUCAGCAACUCGCAGAAAAGGUACUGCGUGAAGGCUUUAUUGCGCGAGAAGAACAGCCAAAGUUGGGAGCAUUACAGCGUUGGGUUCGCAUGGUGGAUGCGGCGGGGUGUAGUUUGGAGAAUGAUGAGUCCUCCUCCGACAAGAAAGUUGUCGGGGGCAGUGUGGUUCGAGGAGAAGGAGCAGUGCUAUUGCCUUCGGUCUGGCCAGUCAUGCAUGCGAUGCUUGCCUGCUAUUAUGCGAAGAGCAGAAGUGGAAAUGAGAGUGCACCAGAUGAGAGUAAAUGUAAAAUGCCCUCUAUGCCGAGACUCGAGGAAGUCAGAAAGCACCUUACGAGCGAAAGUUGUGAAGAGUCAGCUUGUCAAUCGCUCAGCACCCGUGACGAUUGUUUGCUUGAGAUUCCGGAAUGGCGUCCAGCAGGUUCUUCAACUUCUUCUUCAUCUUCUUCUGCAUGUUCUUCUUCUAGAACGGUCGAAAUCAAACAUCCUCCAGUGAGUUCUACUAGUUCUGAGGCACUUUUUCGCGUCUGUCAUGAGGAGCCUGGUUCUGCAAGAAGGCCUCCAAACAAGUACCCUCUGAAAAUCGUAACGGAAACGUCGAAAACUCUUGCGGAUGAGAUUUUUGAGAAAGAAAGCGAAGAACAGAAUCAGGAAUUUUCAGUAUCAGAUUCAGACAAGCACAGGACGGCGGCUACGUCUGGUAUGGGUAUCGAAAAGCAUCCAGUGCCUUUUAUUCCAGGCGCUUUCAUGUUGAAAAACGUCUUAUCGCAAAAGGAAUGCGCUCAACUACGUGCCUUUGCGGAACAAGCGGGGUUCGAACCUGAUGAGCCUUGUGAUGCUAGUGGCGAAAGCAAAGCGUCAAAGUCUAAGCUAGCACAUGCUUGUGUCUGGAUGGUGUCGCAAGAAAUCGAACGCACGUUAUGGAAUCGAGUAGAGAAGUUUUUUCCUAGUACUAGUAGUGCUGGAGAAGGUCCAGCUGCAAAGGUUUCGCCCAAGAACACUUCUGCAAAUGACGACGUGCAGGACGAGGCAAGCGAGGAAGACUCAACACAAAGUCCUUUUGGUCUGAACCGCCGACUCCGUUUCUAUCGGUACGUGCCUGGCAGGUACUAUCGACCCCACAUCGACGGCGCCUGGCCUAGUUCGGAAUUUCAUUCAGAGACUGGCAAGUACUAUGAAGUUGGAAGAGAAGAGAAGUACGGAAUUGAUAGUUCUACUACGAAUGCGAUGUCUUCCUGCUCUUCUUCCUCUAAACAAGCAGGGGAGACAGAAAAGAAACCAGUAUCUAGCACUUCCCGAUGGACAUUCCUGGUGUAUCUGAAUUCCGACUUUUCUGGGGGAUGCACAAGAUUCUUCGUGCCUUUGCAAGAAGGUCAAGAGGUGGACUCAGCACGAGCACAAAUGCUUUCAGUACCUGUUAAGCCUGCUGAAGGGAGCAUCUUAGUCUUCCCACAUGGAGAGUGUCUACCACCUCUUUUGCAUGAGGGUUCUCCGGUGAUAGAGGGCAUGAAGUACGUCAUAAGGACCGAAGUGCUUUGUAAGGUGUAGUAAGAUCAUCAUCAGCAUGCAGGGGACCAUUGAUGAUCAUAUCCCAACCCACUAAUUACCCUAACGACGCCCAUUCUCUAUCUUCCUUUCUCCGUUCUUUAUUUUUCCCACGAAAGCAACGACGAUAUUAGUACAACUGAGUCAUUAUUAUGCGGCUUCGGCUACUAGAACUCCAAAAGUCUUCUAGUCGCUGCGCAUCAUGUAC